UCCGCUCCCCUCGCGGACUUGCAUAAGUAGCUCGUCCCACCUCUCCUCGAACGUGCCUGGCGUGAGUUGACGGUCCUGCCACUCUACCUAUGUGUGUGUCAUCGGGGUUGUGCUAUGAAUGUCAAGAGUUCCAUCUACUGGGGUGAGGAGGUUUCGAAGUCGUGCCGAACAUGACUGGUGCGAGCGUAGAUUUCGUCGCUGGUUUUGAUGGGAACAACUUCAUUUGAAGUGUUGCAACAGUUUGUUGGUGACGUUUGGACAGCGUGCCGUCUCAUUUCCUUCCGCUAGUCUAUGAUGCAGAUUCUUCAUCUGUUUCGUGUGAUGCUUGUGCACGAGUCAGACGAAGGUCUGCAUCAUAGUCAAGAGGAAGCAAAUAUGAAAUUCAGGAGCAAGUUUGGCCCCAAAGCGAGUAAUGCUGACACAAUCUCAAGCUCCACCGUUGUCGAGUUGUUUGGGUUCAAACCCACUCCGUUGAUAGGCUCGGCGAUCUGGGUCCGCCAAAAGCUGCAGUGCGUUGUCUUGCAUUCGACAACACGGCAAACUGAUUGAGGUUGCCACCAUGUAUCACAAUGAUUGGAUCGAAACACACGAGUUCAGGUGGGCAGCAAACACUGCAAUUGUGCGGAAGAUUGAACUCUCUUCUGCGACUCAUCUGUGCAAUCCAGCGAGCUACCGGUACAUCGGUUCAUAAACGUAUAAUAAUCACAGGCACAGCUCUUGCGCUGAAUAUGAAUUGCAAUUCGCCGACACAUAGUGCAACUGGGCUCAGACGUCGAUGCCAAACAACUCCGGUGACGUUGCUUGAAUGUCCCUCACGAGUUUCACUUGCGACGCUGCAGUAGUGAGAAGGGAGCUCGUGCAUUGCUAUACAUCAAAGAUGCUAACACGAUUACACAGUGAUUGUUGCUAUGCUUUACAUCGAACCACGUGAAGAACCCUGCCACUUCAGAGACCUGCCACAUGAUACUCGUCAUACUUCCGCAGGCCGGACUAACCACAGGGUGAAGCGGAGCUGUGGAGAGCCGAGGAUGCUGUCAACAUGGAUGUCAUCCAGUUUAAUAUAUCUCCAGGGAACUGGGCGAACGUAUGGUCGGACAUUUUUCUUCUGCAGAACGCCACCAUGGCCGAUGUGCCCUACGGAAGCUCCCCAUUGACCAUGGUGGUUCUGACGUCGAUGUGCUCUCGGCACCAGAUUCGCGCAGGCUGACCUUGGGAACACCUCUCCAAUAUCUGCUUGCAAUCUUCACGGCUUGAGCCUUCGCAAAUCCCCCGGACGCUUGCAAGAUUAAGUCGCGAUCGAACACAGCGCAUCCCGGGUUUACAUCGAAAACAAAACCCUAUGCAGUCACCCGCAAGAGCGCGUAAGACUCCGUUUUGUGCAUUGCCUAAUACCUUCCUUCCAACGCCCAUAGACUACUCAGCCGAUGAAGAAGCGGUAAGAUGUUUGACUUGUGCGCAUCGCAGCAGCCAAGGAGGUGGCACACACGAGGUCCAGCUUCUACGUACAUUGCAGGGGCUGAAAGCUCAGAGAGCGUAUUGAGAUGGAAGUUGCUUCCAUUGUGAGCCGAAUGAUAUAUCAGCGCCACAAGAUCGAAGGGUUCAACGGCUUCCGUUGCGAUCGUAAGUUAAGCGAGGAUGCUAAGCGGCGUGAUAAGAAAAUCCGAUUGGCCAAGCGGAGAUCCACGAUGCGAGGUCGCGAAGAGGAUGAGCGUGGGAGGGGGAGAUUCUCAAUGGGCGAAACGAGGCCGAAAUGCGAAUCAAUCUUCUGUCGAAACUGAAUUCAUCACUUCACAAUCUACAACAGAAUCUUCUACAAAUGGAAAAUUGUGCACUAUUCCCAAGUAAACAAACGUAAGUGACUCGGCAGACGAGGACUUUGCCUGCAGAGGACUUGCUACGGAGGGUACAGCACAUCAGCGCGAAAGCUGGCGGUACAGCGGGGGUAUCUUACAGGGCAUCGAAUUAAAAGAUUCGUUAUCAUUCUUAACGAUCGUACCAUCUGAAUGAGCACUGGUGUAAUCUCGAUGUGAUAGCCCGGUUGUGCGUGGAGUGUCAGCGAGAAAAACGCUAUGCCAAUCAAUGGGUCGUUACGGUCUUUUGGUCUGUACAGUGCACCCAAUCUGGGAUGCUGAUCGCCGUUGAGGUCUUGGAUGUGAGCAUGUGCACUUUGCGCUGUCCUGGGCUGCAACCUUCCUGACGACCAGGUUCGCAGGAGUACACGUCUGGACUGCGGGACUCGCCGUGUAUCUAGUGGCGUCAGGCGGGAUCACGCAGCUGGACGAGCUCAUGCACUUGCGGGCCUGCAUCGGUCUAUACCACAAAUGCAUGGGGGCACUCACCCAGCGGGAAGUGGUUGUCGCAGUCACUACCAAUCUGCGCGGCCCCAGCACUUCGGUUUACACCAGCCGGACGGGUGAGCACAAGUAUGCUCGGAAUGCUUGGAAUGGACGCUCAAUAUCUAUCCGCAGAUGUAACGCCAGAGCCCGAGGCUGAGCUGGACGCGGAACCACCUGAAGGUCGGUGGGUGGGUGGGUUGAUUCCAGCACCGUGCGGGCAUUGUAGCUGGAUGCACUAGUUGCUCCUCACGUGCUGAACGGUGGUGGUGUGAAGUCGCUGUCCAGAUGAUGCUUGCCAACAAUGAGUCGUGCAGAGUAGUCACCAGAUUAGCAAGUGUGUGCCAGGUCGGUGUUAGACAGGAUGCAGGCUGAGUUGGAAGUCGGUAGUGGUGGAUGCGGCGCGUUGGAAAGAGUGCGAUGGAUGAGUGAAGUGGAUGAGUUGAGAAUUGCAACUCAUUGUUCGUGUUCGUGUGCGAUGCGUUGGACAACUUGAGUGGUGACGUUUGCCGGGCACUGCUUGUUCCAGAGGAUGAAGAGUUUGAAGUGGCCGGAGCUAUGACAAUGGAGGAAGUGGGGCAGGAGAUGGAACGUAUGAAAAUGCGACGUUCACAGGGCGGAGUGCAGCUUUAGAGGAGGAGUUUGUAGGUCACCAGGAAGCCAUCCAGGCUACUCUUGAGGUGAACCCUGAAGCAUUGGAUAACAGAGUGAUAGACUAAUGUCCCCAUGUGGAACGUGGUCAAAGCUCACCAUCACGCAUUAGUCAGGUUAACCAAGCAGUUGAGAGGUAGUGGAUGCGGAGCGGAGUUGGGGUUAUUUGCAUGUGUAACGUCGAAGAAGGAGUUGGACAACUCUAGGUUGGGGUACAAGAGGAGAUAAAGUCUGGAACGUCUGUCACAAAAUGGUGGUGUGGUAGGGGUUUGGUUGUCCAGCGGAAUGGGUUUUAGAAUGUGAGUGCGCAGCAUGGGUUUUGGAGGGUGAGGAUGCUGUGCUGAGCGAGCGUUUAACCCGUGGAGAUGGAAGCGGUGGAAUUUGUAGCGACUUUGAGCAGGGCAAAGACGCUUUUUCGUGGUUGGCUGUGGAAGGGCAAAAGCUGUGCAGCUUGUGAGCUCAGUGGUGCUGACAGAUUUCGUGAAUGGAGACCCAACAGCUGAAACUUGUUAAUGUGUGUGUGUGUGUGUGUGGAGGUCAUUGAUGUUGCAGUUCAUGAGAACAAGAACCGUGUGCUGUUCAGAGGCCUAUGCUUUACAACGCAACCGUCGAAAAUGUUGGGGUUUGUGGGAUGUGCAGGAGAUUAUGGACGUCCGUGGAGGAACAGCAGCUGCUUCCCAAGAAGAGGUUGAGAAACUACUGGCGGUGGUAGUGAGCAAGGCGGGGUUGGCGGGAAUGGGAGAAGGCAUGCAGUGUCCUGUGUGUCGAGAGGCUUUGGUCGAGGGCGAGACCGUUUCGGAGAUGCCGUGCACGCAUCCGUAUCAUCCCGAAUGCCUCAAACCGUGGCUGGAGGAGCACAACUCGUGCCCUAUGUGCCGGUUAGAGUUACGGACCUAUAUGGAGGACUACCAGCACAAGAAGCAAUCGAAGCAAGAAGCAGAGAAGCAGAGGCGACGGGUUCAGCUGGCACGGAAGCAAGAAUCGAUGGCAACAGUUCAUUUGGGCAGUCCGAACAUUCUUUGCAUUGGUGCCUGUGCUCCUUGCAAGUCAGGUUGUCAUGCAGAAAGUGCAUUGCAGAGCAGCAUGAGCGAAGGAGUGGAGCUGGAUUGGAGGUUGAUUUGUGGGGGUGUAGCUGAGGGAAGAGAAGACCGGGGAUGCGUGGUGGGGGAUUUCAGAGAGAAAGUGCAAAAGUUGGUAGAGAAAGAAGUGGAUUGAAGGUGCCACAAGGUGAGUGAGAGUAACAUGUGAAGUGUGGAAGGGGAGCAUGUAUGGGGAGAGGAGCAAUUGUAGAGCAGUUUUUGAAGGGCGGUGGUCAAGACUGAAAGUGUCCUGCCUUUUAGAUGUGCAGAAGUUGUAAGUCUUAUUCCUAUCGCAUUCUAAGAUGUUUUUUUAGAUGAACCAGUUUAGUAAACUGUUCGUAAGGCCGGCUUUUUUUCAGAAUGAGUUUCUUUCUUUCUUGGUUAACCAGCCUAAUUCCAUCAAGGAGGGAACUGCUUUACCA